CAAAUCCCCGUUGCCCCUCGUAACCCCUCAGCAGAGCAGCUCUUCCCGGGGGGUUGCUUGCUGGAUCUUCCCACCCUCCAGGUCCCUGCAGCUUGGAGCCCUGCCGGCAUGGAGGGGAGCUCAUCUGACGCUCCUUGAAUUACCUGCGCUCCGGGGAUCAGAUUCGCUGGGCUGGGAGCUGGAGCCAUCUAUAAUUCAGUGGGGGCAGCUCCCAUUGUGGCCCUGAAAGCAGGGCGGCAGGAUGCUGCGGAGAUCAGGCCGGCGAAGCAAGAAGGCUGGCGAGGAGGAGGAGGAGGAGAAGCCCAUGGAGAACGGGGUGUCCCCGGAGCAGGGGGCCACAGAGGCCUCGCCUGAAGUGGGGAGAGCCAGGGAUGGUGCCCCCGCUGCCUGCUCGCAGCCAUCCCCGCGGGUCCGGCCCAGGCUGGUCUUCCACACGCAGCUUGCCCACGGCAGCCCCACGGGCAAGAUCGAGGGCUUCAGCAACGUGAAGGAGCUGUACACCAAAAUCGCCCAGGUCUUCGGCAUCUCUCCCACGGAGAUCCUCUUCUGCACCCUCAACACCCACAAGGUGGACAUGCAGAAGCUGCUGGGGGGCCAGAUCGGCCUGGAGGAUUUCAUCUUCGCACACGUGCGGGGCGACACCAAGGAGGUGGAGGUGACCAAGACGGAGGAUGCGCUGGGGCUGACCAUCACCGACAACGGGGCAGGCUAUGCCUUCAUCAAGAGGAUCAAGGACGGGAGCAUCAUGAACCGCGUCCAGACCGUGUGCGUGGGCGACAGCAUCGAGGCCAUCAACGACCAGAGCAUCGUGGGCUGCCGCCACUAUGAAGUUGCCAAGAUGCUGCGGGAGCUGCCCAGGACCCAGCCCUUCACUCUGAGGCUGGUGCAGCCCAAACGGGCCUUUGAUAUGAUCGGGCAGAGGACCAAGAGCAGCAAGUGCCCGGGUGAGGGCAAGGGGGCCAGUGGCAAGGAGACCCUGCGGCUGCGUGCCCGGGGCGCCGCCAGCCUGGAGGAGCUGCCCAGCGCCCGGGAGGAGGCGGCUGCCCGGAGCGUGGACGACCUGCUGGAGAGCUACAUGGGCAUCCGGGACGUGGAGCUGGCCUCAACCAUGGUGGAGGUGGCCCGGGAGUGCCUGAGCCCCGCGGACUUUGCCAGGAGCCUGGACUCGGUGCUGGGCGAGUUCGCGUUCCCGGGCGAGUUCGUGGCCGAGGUCUGGGCCGCCAUCAGCGGAGCCAAGGGGGGCAGGAAAUAGGGGGGGCGGAGCACUUGGCCUGUGCUGCCUGCCCCCCGGCCAUGUGCUCCCUCCCGCCCCAGCGGCAGCCCCCGUCCUCCUGCUCCGGGAGGAGCCCUGCGGUGCCCGGGCCCAGCGCCUGCCCCUCCGAGGAGCCAGGCCCUAGUGAGAUGGGGUGGUGGGCCCGGGGCGGGGGGGGCUAGUCCAGGCCGUGGUGCCCCUCCUGGCUACGAGCCCAAGAGCUGGCAGCUCCUCAGGGCCUCAGUGGGUCCAUCGUGGCCUCCCCGUUCCGCCCCCUGCAUAGCGGCCAGGGCUGGGGCUGAGCCCGGGGGGCAGUUGGGGGAACCCUGGGGAAGGAGGGACAGGCCAGGACCCAUGUGGGGACGUGGGGCUGGUGCGACUCUGACCCUUUCCUCACCCUUUGUGCCGAUGACUCCCCCCACCCCCAGCCAGCCAGCGGGC